UUGAUUGGAGCUCCUGAGUAGGCAAAGACUUUGAGAGCAUCGUUGCUCCGAUUUUGCUCCAAAUUUCAACCCAACGCGGCGCACGUAACAGUAAAGAGCAAUUAGGCUGUUGAAACAAAUCCUCUCAAAUCAGUGCGCAAAUUACAAGUUGGAUUUAUGACAUGAACCUGCGAGGAUUUAUGCGACUAACAAACUCCGAUUCGUUUAUUUGACGUCUGGAUCAUUUAAGAUGGACUUCACUGGGACAUCUAUAUUGAAGUUCAUGGAUUUUCAGUCGAUGUUAGAGGGAGAUUAAGCUGACACGUGCGCUGCAUCUUCAUCAGGCUAUGAUUCUGGGAUUGUCUGGAAUGGCAAGGAUACUACCCAUCCUCGCGAGAUUCAUUCUCUUGGAAAUACUUGCAUUGAUUUUCUUUCAAGGUGUUUUGACAUCCUAUGUCAACCCCGGAGCUUUCCCAUUCUCCGGCAAAGUGUCUGACUCCGGAGGACCAGCGGGUUCACACCUGGCUGAAGCAGCUACAGGAGCAAAGUCCAGACCCAAGCGCUGCACUUGUUAUUCCUACAAGGAUAAAGAGUGCGUCUACUACUGCCACUUGGAUAUCAUCUGGAUCAACACUCCCGAACGCACGGUUCCAUAUGGAAUGUCGAGCUACAGAGGACAACAACGAAUCAGACGUGAUGUUGGAGGAAAAGCAGCUGAACACAAAGGGGCAAAGGCUCAGCGCUGCAUUUGUAUUUCGCCUGACUCAGACCCUCAGUGCAAUGAUUUUUGUCUGUCAAGGUCAGACUAAUGCUUGCAUUUAUUGAAUCCUUUCAACUCUGUUUUCUUAGUUGGUAUUUCAUACCAUCCUACCAUUUAGCUUACAAUGCUGUUUGUAAUGUAAAACAUUAUUCAUGGGCAGUUUUGGGUACUUUGUGUCGUUCCAUCUAAAUGCAGUUAAUUGGUUUAUAAAAGAAAAAAAAAGCUGUACAUUACAUUAUACAUUAAUGUAGAAUACAAUUGUUAAUAUUUGAGUUUAUUCAAAUAAUUUUAAACUUCUUUCAUAAGGCUAUAACAAUUCAACAGUUGUAGCCUCCACUGUCAUGAAAAUGAUUUUUGAAGUAGGUAUCAUCAAUCUUGUGAUUAAAAUAGUGAAAAGCAAAUCCACAGAAAUUGAUUAUCAGGAGACGGAGGAUUAAUGUGGUGUAAUAAAGCGUGCAGCAAGUAGGACUUCUCCAUCCAAUGACAUACUGAGACUCUAA